ACCAAUCACCUUAUUGGAUGGUGUAAAACUCACAAAGCAGCUCACAAGAAGCUCUUUUCUGAUUCUACACAGGAUGUUCCAGAGGAAGGUAGAAGUAAGCAGCAGUUGUGCCAUGGGAAGAAUGACAUAUAUGUGGAGAUUGCAAAGGAAAUUUUUUCAGCAGGCAAUGAGUCUGUUGAGAUCCAUGCCCUUGCUCAGGACAACCCAUUUUGCAGCUUGAAGCAGAAAUAUCAGAAAUAUAUUGCAUUGCUUGGGCAGACAGGUGCUGGUCAGACUUAUGACAAUCUUGCAAGCAACACAAGCAUGAAA